CAGUUAUGGCCGACCACAGGCUAGUUGCAAGGUUACGCUGCUGGUAAAGCCGAAUUCAGCAGCUAAAUGUCAGAAUCAUAGUUUGGAAGCUUUGUGAAACUUUUAAAAUGGGCUCUACGAUAUCAACAGUAGGCGAGAAAAGAAAACAUUCGGAAUGCGAAGACGAAGAAGGUGGUCAAACAGAGGAUGAUAGGGUCGUCGAUGUAGUGAAGAGGUAUUUUGUAAACAACCCUAACUUAAGCUCAAUAACUGUAAGGUUUUAAUGUUACUACUUUGAGCGUAGAGGUAGGAUUCAGGAAUUUCGGCCCAUAGGGUGACAACGAGAAGUAUAGCUGCCACUGUGUCUCUUGAGCAGGCCUCACGAAUACAUCCAAACGAAAUUGAAAUGCCAAUGGUGUUUGUCUUUACAAGCUCGUUCUUGAAAAUAACUUGUAGAGUACCGUCACUGAACCAUACUUAUAAACCAUGCAGUGUUAGUUCAACACUGUGUAAGACAUAUGACGUCUUUUAUUUCUGCUGAUAAAAGUUAUUGUAAACAAUUUUAAACUUAAUUGUUGGGUACUUUCUUUGUCGAAGGACAAUCAUAAUAUCGUAUUGUGUGUAAGUCAAAACACACACACACACCUCCGGCUAGUUUUAAAUCAUUUGGCAUUCCCACAUUCAUUUUAAAAUAGAGCAUCUCUUUUACCAUUAUUUUUUUUAUUUAGGAAAAAGCUGAAAGGCACAUGUGACUACAUUUAUCAGACACUGUUUCUUGAUUGUGAAGGGACUGAUGUGACAAUAGAAGCUCUUGGUUAGUUAUGAAUUUCAGCAGAUGAUACUUCAUGUCUGCUGUAUUUUUAUUCUCAGAACAAUAUGUGUAUGCAUAUAUACAUAAUUACCACUCCCUCAAUUGCAAUUUUUAGGGCUAAUAUGAACAAAUUGAUUGUUGUGUAUAAACAAAUUGUUUUGAAAGUCCCAACUACCAGGAGGUGGAUUGGUUGGUCUUAUGACAUGUGCACUUGCAAAUACUUGUAAUGAGACAAUGCAUUGUGUUUUUCUCCGUUUUCAUCUCACUGCAAACAACUGGUUUUUCCUCCCUCUCACAAAAAGUUUCUUGCUCUUACAAUUCUUGCCAUAAUUAUAUGGAAGUAACUUAUGCACUGUCCUCCUCACAAGAGAGGGGUGAGCUGAAAACUCUCACACACCAAGAACAAAUCCGCCAGGUUGGGUGGAGGGGUGAAGGGCUUGUACCUGGGACUACCAGAUUACAAGCUCAGUGCCCUAAACACUCCACUACACUGCCUACAUGAUGUUCAUAAUAAAGCAAUGUGUACAGAAAUUCACCAUAAGGAAUUUCAUACUUGAAUUUUUUACACAUAAGAUAAGAAUUCAAAUUCUCUCUUUUUUUUCACUUCAUGAAUGACAGGAAAAGAAUGGAAACUUCACAGAAUCUACUUGUGUCAGGUAAAUAUAAGUGGUAACAUAGUUUACAAAUGAAGUCUUUCAUUGGGGAUGAUUUUUGAAUGAAUUCACAGAUUCUUGAAGAAUAUUCAGAUUGUAUACAUGUAGGUUUGAGAAGCCUUUCAUAAACUUAAUCUCAAUUUGAUAUGCUUGAAUUUAUUAAUUUUGAUCUAUAGAAUUAUAAACUGCAAUAUGUUUACCCCACUGAAGUAUAAAUUGGUUAUAUCUGUGCCUACUGUCUUUGUAAGCCUAAUAUCCAUUCUGGAAGUUUCUGUUUGGUAUGAGAUGUAUUCCUUGUAUGUUUUUUAUUAUUUGGAUUGCAGUCUAAAUAUUUCCAAAGCAUGUUCAAUGGAUCAUGGAAAGAGUCUAAUGAAAACCAUGUAACUUUGGAGAUUCCAGAUGAAAAUAUUGAUAUUGAAGGUAGGGAGUCAGGCUGAGGGAACUCUCUGACUUAUCAAUUUAGACACUCAAAAAUUAUUUCAUGAUAAUUAACUGUGCUUUUGUUUUUAGCUCUGAAUACAGCAUUUGGUUCAUUGUAUUGUGAUGAAGUGAGUAUCACCCCUGCUACAGUGGUACCUCUCUUAGCUGCUGCUAACCUUCUUCAGCUGGUGGGUUUUUAUAUCAAGGAGCCUAUCAUAUGCUGCUUUGUUGAUUUCAAAUUGAUUUUUUUCUAGUUAAGGUGUUAUUUAGUCUAAAAAUAUCCUAUCUACAGCCCUAAGAGAACCUAUACUUACAUAUAGGUUAAAGAACAUGGUAAAUAUCACAACUAAAGAAUAUUGCUGAAUUGUAGUUUCUCUACUAUGAUUCCCUUUUUCCUUUAUUACAUUGCAUUUUUGUAGGUUUGCUCUGUAUCUUACAUGAAUUUAUAGUCAAGUUAACUUGAAAUUAUUCCAAGUCUAUCUUGAAAUUUUCAAAAACAUUUGAUUUUAGACAGGGUUAUUUUUAGUAGUUAAUCAGAUUUAUUAUAAGUGCUGACUCAGAGAUAAUUUGUGAAGGUCUAUUCCUCUCCUUACUGCUAGUUUGUAGCUUUAACUAAGGCUUUGAUAUUGUUCAUUUGUUACUGUAAUAGCACAAAACAGUGCAAUAAUGCAAUAGUGCUCACCAGUGGUCAAUUAAAAAUUGGUCUUGCAUUCAUUGAGAUAUGAAACAUGCAGGAAGUUUGGAGAGCACAAAAGAUGCACAAGAGUUUCUCGAGGCAUAGCCGAGAGCAACUCUAGCUUUUUGAGUGCUCUCCAAACUUCCCAAGUGCUUCAUUUCUCGACGAACGAACAGCUGACGCAUGAACCAAUUGUUUUAUAACAUUUUCAACUUGAUGGAAAAUUUUUUUCCUUGAGGGAUUUGUUUGCUGAUGUUAUGAAUGUGCACAAUAGGAAUAUGAAGCACACUUGCACAAUUGAAUUUGAUUAGACAAAUUUACUAGCUAUGUUAUAAUAUUUUUUGUUUGUAGGAAGGCUUAUGUCAACAGUGCUCUGAAGCAAUGAUAGAAACGAUCAACAAAUCUACAGUUUGUGCUUAUUAUGCUGCAGCAACACAAUAUUGUGAGGCAGAAUUACAGACCAAGUGUGUGGAAUGGCUGGAAAGAAGACUUACCUCAGAGACAUCAGUGUCUCUUUUGAAGGAUAUUAGGUAGGAACAUAUAAUGGAGUGGCUCUAAAUGUAUCCACUAUUUUUUAAUCACCAUUUUUUGACAAAUCUAUAUUACUGCCACUUUUUUCUCACUCUCUUGAACAAGUUGAAGUAAUUAUAAUUGUCUUUGACACGCAUGCAAUAUUGCCAUGAAAAUGCUUCAGCCUCUUACGAACACUGUUAAUAAUUUAUAGGCUUGUGUUGAAGCCUGAAAAGAAAUUCAGCAACUUCUCUUUUUUUAUUAAGUGAAUUGCCAUCAGCAUGCCAAGAAUCAUCUCUCUGCGCUGCAGAUGUAGAAUAACCUUGAAUUUUAAUGAUUCAAGGGUAAUGGUGGUGUUAUAUGGAAAAUAAAACAAGAAAGUGUGGAAGUAGUAAUACAUCAUAAAAUAAAAAACAAUGAAACUAUUUUGAUCUUCCUGUCGUGUUAUUUUCACAAACUUCUGAGCAGUUUAGUUCGCAGCUGGGGUCCUUUAAUAAUAUUUUGACAUUUUCAAGGAAGCUGCCAGAUGGUAUCUAGGGAUUAGAAUAUUACGAAAAAGCCUAAGUAUAUAUUUCUUGAAAAUUUCUGGCUUUUCAAACAUGCACUAAAUGUUGGUCAUGGAUAUGUUCUAAAACUGAAUGGAUGGUAUUGAUGAUAAAUCAACCAAAGAAAUAUUUAGCAAUCUACCUUUUUCUCUUUUUGUAGCAUUGAACUGAUGACUCAACUUGUAAAUUCUCAAGGAUUAUUCGUGAUGCAAAUUGAAGUGGAUGUAUACAACUUACUUAAAGUUUGGGUGUAUACCCAACUUUUCCCUGACUGCAAGGGGAGCUGGAAAGACAUACGAGAACAGAGUAAUACAUACUUUUCUUUGCGACCAUCUGAUUUGAAUUGUUUUUUGGACACUGAUGAGGGCAAGGUAUUUGUGCCUGCCUUUAGAGCUAUUAGACUUCACCAUGUUGUUAAUGACCUGCGUUCGAUUCAUCUUCUCGACAAAGACAGAAUUAUUCCUCAAGGUAAAAAGUUUAAUUAUUUUUCUAUUUACUAGAUUUUCGAGAGACCUAGGGGUUGGCUCUACUUGUUUGCAAGCUCUAAAUCACGGCUUUAAGGGGUCUUGGUUUCAGCUGUAACCAGGUCAUUGUUUUAUGUUCUCUAACAGUGCCUCAUCCCACUUGAGAGAAAAAAUUGUUACCUUUGAACUAAUAGAGAAACCUUGUGAAUGUGCUUUUGAAAGGGGAGGGGAGGGAGGGUUGGCUGGUAUGUACUAGCAUCCCCCAUAGGAGGAGAGGCAUUCUUGGCUGGCAGUAUUUCUGAUGCUUGGUGAAAUCAAGGAUAGCAGAUAGAGAAACUGCCAACUUGAAUUGACAUAUUUUCAUGAGACACAGUCCACUUCAAACACCUUCUUAUCAACUAGAUAAACUGGUAUGUGGACAAAAGUCAAAAGUUUGUCAUAUUGAAGUCUGAACACAAGCUUCAUCCCAAUGGAGUUUAUCCCAGUUUCCACAACACUAUGCAACUUGGAGUAUUCUUACCUCUGCAAAAUGGAAUGCUAGUCCAUCCUUGGUUAGCCCCACUCUGUACCCAUUCAUGCUCCUUGGUGGAGAGAUGCACUUUGAGAGUAAAGUGUCUUCCCCAUCAAUAAAAUGGUAUGAUUAGGCUAUAGCCUAAAAGUAGACCUCCUGAUGUAGUGUUCAGUGCAACAAUCAAAUGACAUGAUUGUAAAAAGGAAAAAAAGAAGAAAAAAGUCACUGCACAGCUUGGUUUUAUUUACAGACCUCUCAUUGUGGUUUGUAGAUUACUAAGAGAGAGGAACUUUAUAAGUAACAUAUUUCUUGAAAGAUUGAUUCCUGAUCAAUAACUUCAUAUCUUUUUUGAACAGUUUUCUCCCUAUCUGAUACUGUAUUUGUUUUCAGAUUGGAUGCAUCCAGUUUACAAGAAACAGUGGACUUCCAUGCUAGCAAUGUCCCAAAGUAGGGACCCGGGACCUUUAGCUGAUGAAUUUGGAGGAAGUGCUCUCAGGUGUGGUCGAAUAUUGGAAAGGAGUUCAUCGGUAUGUCAUUUCCUUUUCACUGGGUGCUUAUUUGUUGAGAUUGCAGUUAUUUCAAUUGGAGAGGAUAAUUUUUUAUUCACCAAGCAACCUCUCUUAUACCAGGGGUUGCAGUGGUUUUAGAUACACUAUCCAAUGAAUAUGUCCAGCCAGAAAGGGGACCUGUAGCUCCAGAUCUCCUUUCUUAAUUUGUUUGUCAGCCAGCACAUGUAACACAACAUGUAUUGUUGCUGUCCUUCCUUUGCUUGAAGAUAAGAUUGACCAUGUCAAACUCAUUUCAUCUUGGUUUUGUAGUAUCAAAUAAAAGGUAUGGUUUGGAAUGCCAAUGUUGAUUAGGAAGGGAGGGUAUUACCAGUAAUCUGCACAGUACAUGUAUUGAUGAUUGUAGAAUACCAAGGAGAAUUGAUGUCUUGCAUAUGAAGUCUCCCUACUGGUGACCAAUGGAAUGCUAUACAGGAAUAAUUUUUGUUUUCAAGGUGUAUAUUCCACUGUCACCCUUUCGGUCUUGUCUAGUAGAGAGGUCCAAUUAAAAAGUUGGGAAGUUACUUGCUAUGAGCAAGUAGCUAAACAAUAUCUCCAAAAUAAGGCUUUGUUUGAAGCAUAUAUUUGUCCAUAGCAUAGCUUGGUAAUACUUUUAUCCAUGAUAUGUGUUGUAAUGACUACAAAUAAUUAUAUGAAAAUAGUUUAAUUAAGUGAACUAUGAAUUAAGAAAUGAAUAUGAAAGUGAUCUUUGCCGCAAUGAACACUACUUAAGCAGUAAUGAAAAUAAGGCUUGAAAAAAAAUCAAGCCUCUACAAAGACUACUUUCAUAUUCAUUUGAUAUGUUUUAUGUUAUGGAAAGGGAAGUGUAAAAAACAUAAUCUCUGUUAUUGCUGCAUUUUGAACCAAAAGUUCAGUUACAUUUUCCUUUCAAUUGUUAGUAUUGCUGGCGCUGGACAGGAUUCUCAUAUGGUAUUGACAUUAUUAUGACAUACAGCCCCAAGACAAAGCAGCUUUCAUUGAGGCGCAACACGUACACACAUCCAGUCAGUGGUGCAGUUUGUCUUCAUCAACAAAGAAACCUAGUGGUGCGAGUUGCUGCAGCUGCAUUUGAUGUCAAGGGUUGUACAAGCUAUUAUAAAUGUUCUGGACUCUUAGAUAUGACUCUAGACCCUGAUGAGGAAAAGGUAGUUUUGCAACUUGACCGGUCUGUGGUUUUUCCUCUUAGUGUCAGUGUACACAUGGCCUUAGUUUCUACAGAGCAUGUGAUGAUGACGCAAAGGCAUUCAAGAGAAGACCAGUGAUGGAAUGGAAUUGGAAUUAGUCAUCAUAUACUGCAAAGAUUAAGAAAUAGUUGAAAAUGAGAUAAGAUGUCCUUAUUUGAAGAAAAAACCAUUAUUUUGAACAUGUGGUAUAGAUUUGUGAAAUUGAUAUGUAUUGUUUCACACUGUUUCCUUCAUUUAGACUAAUAAUAAUGGUGGUAUUAAAGUGGUUCUCAUGUACAGAAAACUAUAAUUUUGGGAGAUUGUGGAGAAAAAUAGGAAAUCUGUUAUAAUAAUAAUGACGUGGCUAUUGAUCUGAAUUUAAAAUGGAUUUAAUGGAUGAAGCCAGGACAUAUAAAAAUUGAGUAUGGAUUCUAUUAAGAAAUGAGAUAUUGCAUCUUGUAAUAAAAUAAACAUCUUGACUUCCA